UGUUUUUCUUUUCGUUUGUUAUAUAAGAACAGGGGAGGGGACUGUUUUUCUUCUAUACACAAAGGAUAAGCUUUCCAAGUUGCGAGCUCUCUCUCUCCAAAGCCAUGGCUGCUCGGAGACUUUCCGCGGUUCUUUCUCGCUCUCUCUCCUUCUGUCCUGCUUUGGGAUCCUCUUCUUUUCUUCGUUCUCUUGGAAGCUCCGUCAGUGGAAACAGCAGUACUAGCAGGUAUAGUAGUACAUCAGCAGCCGUUGAAGAAUUAAUCACUCCACCUAUUGAAGUUACUUAUACUAAGAACCUCAUUAAUGGGCACUUUGUAGAUGCAGCCUCAGGCAAAACAUUCCCAACAUAUGACCCAAGAAGUGGAGAGGUAUUGGCUCAUGUUGCAGAGGGUGAUGCAGAAGACAUAGACCGAGCAGUAGCUGCUGCGCGCAAGGCAUUUGAUGAGGGACCAUGGCCAAAGAUGACCGCUUAUGAAAGAUCACGGGUUCUGCUGCGCUUUGCUGAUUUAGUUGAAAUGCAUAAUGAUGAAAUCUCAGCUCUUGAGUCAUGGAAUAAUGGGAAGACUUUUGAACAGGCUUCAAAAGCCGAGAUACCAAUGGUGGCGCGCUUGUUUCGCUACUAUGCCGGUUGGGCGGACAAAAUCCAUGGAUUAACUGUUCCAGCCGAUGGACCUUAUCAUGUUCAAACAUUGCACGAACCAAUUGGUGUUGCAGGGCAGAUUAUUCCAUGGAACUUUCCUCUUCUCAUGUUUGCUUGGAAGGUUGGACCUGCUCUAGCUUGUGGCAACACUGUUGUCCUAAAGACUGCUGAGCAAACACCUUUAACUGCUCUCUUUGUGGGAAGGUUACUUCUAGAGGCUGGCCUUCCACCUGGUGUUUUAAACAUAGUUUCUGGCUUUGGCCCAACUGCUGGUGCUGCUCUUGCAAACCAUAUGGAUGUUGACAAGCUAGCUUUCACAGGAUCAACAAAUACUGGUAAAAUUGUUCUUGAACUAGCCGCAAGAAGCAAUUUAAAACCAGUGACAUUAGAGCUUGGAGGGAAAUCUCCUUUCAUAGUAUGCGAGGAUGCAGACAUUGACCGUGCUGUGGAGCUUGCUCAUUUUGCUUUGUUCUUUAAUCAGGGUCAAUGUUGUUGUUCUGGGUCACGAACUUUCGUGCAUGAACAUGUCUAUGAUGAAUUUACAGAGAAAUCAAAGGCACGAGCCUUGAAACGUAUUGUUGGCGAUCCUUUCAAAAAGGGUGUUGAACAAGGGCCUCAGAUAGACUCUGAGCAGUUUAAGAAGAUCCUAAAGUACAUAAAAUCUGGCGUUGAAAGCAAUGCUACCCUUGAAUGUGGAGGUGAGAGAUUUGGCUCCAAAGGGUACUUCAUCCAACCCACUGUUUUCUCAAAUGUUCAGGAUGAUAUGGUGAUAGCCCAAGAGGAGAUCUUUGGACCAGUGCAAUCAAUCUUGAAAUUCAAGGAGCUUGAUGAAGUAAUAAGAAGAGCUAAUGCAAGCCAAUAUGGAUUAGCUGCUGGAGUUUUCACCAAGAACUUGGACACUGCCAACACCCUUUCAAGGGCCCUGAGAGCUGGGACAGUUUGGGUGAACUGUUUCGAUGUUUUUGACGCUGCAAUUCCUUUCGGAGGGUACAAAAUGAGCGGUAUAGGCAGGGAAAAGGGUAUCUACAGCCUUAACAACUACUUGCAGGUGAAGGCUGUUGUUACAGCUUUGAAGAAACCAGCAUGGUUGUGAAAAAGAUUCUCAGCUUAACUAGUCAAUAUUUAUAUAUGUAUGUCUCCAUCUUUUGGUUUUAAAUAAUGAGAAUACAUAAUGUAAAUCUGUGGUUGUUCCAAUGGAAAGAAGUUGAGCCAUUUUCUAUGGUGUUUGAACGUUGUUUGGUUGGUGUUGAGAUUUUUGGCAGAGGUUUAUAUGGUUGUAACUUGUAUCCGUAUUCUGAAUUUAAUGAUACGAAGCUUCACAUAUUUAUAGAAUUAAAAGACAAGAAAUAAGAAGCAGCAAAAGAAGAUGUUUCCUGGUA